CACCCCCUCAGGUAGUCAAGCCUUACUGUUGUCUCCGGCGGUGAUGCAACCAAACUCUCUAUCUCUCUAUCCCCAUCUACCUUGGCUAUUUAUUUAAAUUGAGUCCCUCGAUUUUCCCUGGUUUCACUUUUGUUUACCUUGUUUGCUCUGUGCACUCGAUAUCGAUCUCGAUAAGCGCUUCCAGUAUAUAGUAUAAGCAACCCAUCCCUUACUCUGUGUUCUGUGCCCGUCGCAUGGUCCCCACACUCUUGGUCUACCCGUCUACCCGCGCGUAUCACCAUGUCAAACGGAUUGAAUUGGCUGAAGAAGCUACGCAGAGCCGAGGUCAACGACCUCGCGCAUGCUGCUGGACUUGAAGACUAUGCGGAUUACAGCAACAAGGACGCGCUGGCCGUCGCGCUCCACAAGUACCUUCAAGAUAACCAAACUAUCCUGAUCAAUGUUCCCGAGUUGAAGGAAUACUGGACGCGCGCGUCUUCGACAUCGCCCGUGCGCACUUCUCCGGUCAAGAAAGCUGUCGGGGUCGACGUCACGCCUGCCCCGAAGAAAGCUACGCCUGCCGCACGGAAAGCCACGCCUGGAACAACGCGUCGGAGGCAAACACAGCCGAAGAAGGAGGAGGCUGAAGUGACGGACGACUCGGAGGCUUCGGUGGCCUCGACACCGAACCAGGCUGCCAGUGCUGUAACCAAGACUCCUGCGCGCUCGCAAAUCACUGUCGAGCCUCCACUAUCGCCUGCUUUGGUCACAGAUGCGAUUGAUCGGCAGACCGCCGAAUGGCGCGAACGCAUCAACGACGCGUGGGUCCGUUCGGGCGUACAGGAAUCCUCCAACUGGCUGCGCUCGAAAAUGAGCAGCGUACGAGCUGUGGAGACCAUCGUGAUGGCCGUUGAAGGCGCUUUUCUUAUGAAAGACCUCAUCCCCAUCCGUUAUCUGACCACUAUCCCUGCUGUGCCAGCGAUUAAUAGCCCCGAGUUCGCGCUUAGGGUACCCGACCUCUUCAUGCUUGUGGAUGGAGCCUUCUGGGCCCCGUUCUCCCUGUGGCUGCUCACGAGCUACCUCCUACCGUUGCUCUUUGCUUACUUUUUCAACAUCAGCUUGCAAGCAAGUGGCAAUCCUGCGCCUGAGACGCGCAAGGGCCACAAGACGCGUCCUGAGUUUGAUCCGCUCAGUUUCAAUAUCACCAAAGCCGUCAUCACGUACGUGGUUUAUGCGCAUCAUUUCAACUUUAUGGGUCUGUACAGCAACUUCUCCAUUGAGAGGGUGAAUGUAUCUGUCCCCUUCCAUUGGCCAGGCAUGCUUACCACUGCUGCAAUUGGGACUGUUGGCACUCUCUACGAGGCUAUUCUUCGCAAGUAGAUAUAGAUAUAUAUGUGCUUCAAUGCGUGCUUGUCAUUGUCUUGCGGCGGGGUCCGCUCUGGGUUGCGUUGGAUGAUGCGUUCUUGCGCAGUUGGCGCAAAUUUGUCGAGCUCAUGAGAAGCAAUAUAUAAGCAGA